UUUUAUUGAGGCGCUUCAACUUUAAUGGCCACCCCCACGUAUUAGAUGGCAUGUCUCACACACCGUUCAGUUCUCUUUAGUGUUUGCCAAUGUUGGAGGUGUUACUGGGGUCUGGCCUGCGACAAAGGAAUAGAGCAUGGCUCAAGUAAAAGUACAGACCUCAGCUUCCCUGGCUGGUCCUGGCCUCUCUUCCGGUGUUCCUCCGGCGGCCACGGCCAGCCCAGGUCCCCUGGAUCUGCAGCCCUCUGUCAAUGGCACAGGGUCGUCCCCCACACCCGCCUGCCCCGCUCCUGCAGCUGGAUAUGGGGACGCUCCUGUGCCCGUCACACCACCAGGUUCGCCCGAGGAGAACGUGGCAAACCCUAAAGAGAAAACUCCAAUGUGUUUGGUGAAUGAGUUGGCCUGUUUCAAUAGGAUCCAGCCUCAGUACAAGCUCCUCAAUGAGAGAGGCCCUGCACACGCUAAGAUAUUCACAGUGCAGCUGACUCUUGGGGAGCAGGUCUGGGAGGCAGAGGGCACCAGCAUUAAAAAGGCCCAGCAUUCCACAGCUGCCAAAGCCCUGACUGAGAGUGUCCUCCCCAGGCCAAUGCCCCGCUCACCUAAAGUGGACAUCAACAGCAACCCAGGCAGUAUAACACCUACUGUGGAGCUGAAUGGUCUGGCUAUGAAGAGAGGAGAGCCGGCAAUCUAUAGGCCUUUGGAUCCCAAACCUUUGCCUAACUACAGAGCUUGCUACAACUUCAGAGAGAUGUUUAACCAAAGGUACCAUUGUCCUGUUCCCAAGGUCUUCUUUGUGCAGCUGUCUGUGGGGAGUCACGAGUUCGUCGGAGAGGGACGCACUCGCCAAGCUGCCAGACACAACGCUGCCAUGAAGGCCCUGCAAGCCCUCCGCAAUGAACCGAUCCCUGAAAGGCCGCAACAGGACCCUGAAGGAAAGGUGGAGAGUGAGGAAGGUGCUGACGCCAGCAAAUCAGAGAUCAGCCUGGUUUAUGAAAUUGCCCUGAAGAGGAACUUGGCUGUCAACUUUGAGGUCUUAAAGGAGAACGGACCCCCGCACAUGAAAAGCUUCCUGACCCGUGUCACCGUAGGGGAGUUCUCUGCCGAGGGCGAGGGUAACAGCAAAAAGCUGUCCAAGAAGCGUGCCGCUCUGUCUAUUCUGCAGGACUUGAAGAAGCUUCCCUUCAUUCCGGCUGUGGAGAAACCCAAAACACACUAUAAGAAACGCACCAAGACCAUCCUCAAGACUGGACCUGACUAUGGUCAGGGCAUGAACCCUAUCAGCCGCCUGGCCCAGAUCCAACAGGCCAAGAAAGAGAAAGAGCCUGAGUAUUUGUUGCUUUCCGAGAGAGGGAUGCCCCGACGCAGGGAGUUCAUCAUGCAGGUAAAGGUCAGCAACGAGGUUGCCACAGGAACAGGGCCGAACAAGAAAGUGGCCAAACGAAAUGCUGCUGAAGCAAUGUUGCUGCAGCUCGGAUACAAAGCGUCUAUCGUCCCUCAAAGUCCCACUGAGAUGGACAACAAAGGCUGGAAUGAACAAAAGGCCUCUUUUACCGAAGCAACGAGUAACACCCCAAAAGGUCUUCUCCACCUCAGCCCUGACGUUUACCAGGAGAUGGAGGCCAGCAGGAAGCAGGGGGGCAGUGCCCCAGCCCCUAACAGGAGUGGUUGCGGUGUGUCCAUCAACUAUAUGGCCUCCAAAGAUGCGAAUCCCUCUGCCGCCCCGCUACCACCUGGACACACUCCUUCAUACUACAGCGCUCCAUCCUCCUCUUCUGGGCCGACAACCACCAUGGCCAGAGAUCUGCUGCUAAACGGUCAGUCGCCGACCGUCGACCCUCCUGCGCCGCCAUUGAAGGGGAAUAGUCCGCCCUUAGCCUGUGGUGGCUCCGUGCAACCUGCGCAGCAGCUGGAGUACCUGGCUCGCAUUCAGGGCUUCCAGGUGCAGUACAAUGAUGUGCAGAAUGACAAGGACUUUGCGACCUAUCUGACCCUCUCCCCUGUGCAGAUGACUUUCCACGGCACUGGGAGCACCCUACAAGCUAGCCAUGACCAGGCUGCUCUAAGUGCCUUGAAACAGCUGUCGGAGCAGGGACUAGAUCCGGUGGACAGCGCCGUCAAGGUACGGCGCAUCACACCGCCUUCAUUCAGCGUUGAUGAUCUGUCCAUUCAUGGCAAAUCCAGUGAGAGCACAGAAACCUGCGGGAGGGAAGAGGGACAUUAAACCGACUAACUCAGGCACCGCCACUUCUCAGGUCUGCACGGAUUCAAAGGCUGUCGUCCAGAGCGGACUCCCUUCUCUCCCUCGUGGGCACACAACCCCCCUAAUCACCCCUUUGCCUGAUCCCAAAGUGUAACUAACCCUGCCCCUACCUUUACCCCAUAGUAGCCACUGUACCCUGCAUCACUUGUAUCAUGCAGUAGGGUUGAUGUGCACUGUAUACAGUAAGUCCCCAUUAUCUGAAGUCUAUGUGAAGACAACACUAUCUCCACACAUUAGUGAUGAGUUCAGUCUUGGUUCAUAAAAGAAACAAAACAACAAGCAUAUGAUAUGCAUGGUACUUUAUGAAAUGAAGGGAAGUCCAACGUGAUUGUUGCCUCCAGAUCAAUAUUCGUCGGUAUAGUUAAAUCUAAUAUGUACAUCAUGCCAUUAUAAUACGAGAAAACAUUUUAGAAGAGGGAAACCAGCUUGUAUCUUAUUUGUUUUAAGGGGUAUUAUGUUCAUUUUAGUCUUUCGUUUUAUUAAUCUAACAAUGCUUGAGUACUGUAUUUAAAAUUAACCAAUGCCAGUGCUGUGAAAGUUGUAGUUGUUGUCUUCAUAUAUAGUCACCCAGCUUACCUUGUAUGCUGAUAUACUGUAAGAAAAAAAAAAAAAAAAGAGAUCAUCUAUAUCUAUAUGGAUGUGUAUGACUUUAUUCCCAAAAUUAACACAAUAAACUUGUUUUUGGUUCA